UCAACAACCAUUGCUCGAAAACAUUGCUUAAAAUUGUUACCUAUCAAGCAGUUUGAAUUUUUCAGACUAGCAGGCUAACGUACCUAUGGGGAUAAAUUGAUCUAAAUUUUCUUGGUUUGGGCUGUUCUAAUGCUGAUUUGGCAACUUGUACCUGGGACGCCUGAAGACUGCACUUAAACUGUGCCUUCUUUUUGCUUUUUUUCUCGUGAAUUUGACUGCUGGGCUUCUGAGACAGACUUCAGGAUCAGACUCCCUUCUCUCUUGCACACACAUGAGCGCUGUGUUCCUCUCUUGCUGGGCCGUGCGCCAUGCCUGACCGGGAUAGCGCCUACCUGGCAGGCGGCGGUGGGGGCGGCAGUGGGGCAGGGGUGGGUGCUGGGGUUGGGGAGGAAGGGAGUACAGGUGCGGUUUUGGGCGGAGGUGUCGGAGAGUGCAGAGGUAGUGUGGGAGGAGGCUCAGGUGGCUGUGGAGGGGGCAGUGGAGGUUCAGGGGCCAUGGGUGGAGGCGGUGCUCUGGGGAACGGUAAUAGCUGCGGGGGUGCGGGUGGGGGUUCCGGUUCAGGCUUAGGUCUGGACGGUGUAUGUCGAGACUUCUUGCGGAAUGUAUGCAAGCGGGGCAAGCGCUGUCGCUUCCGCCACCCUGACUUUAACGAGGUGCCCGAUCUGGGUGUGCAGAAGAACGAGUUCAUCUUCUGCCAUGACCACCAGAACAAAGAGUGCAUGCGUGCCAACUGUCGCUUCGUCCACGGCUCCAAAGAGGAUGAGGACUAUUACAAAAAAACAGGGGAGCUCCCCCUUAGGCUGAGAGGGAAGGUGGCUGCGGGGUUGGGCUUGUCACCUACCGACCUCCCUCUUAGUCGUGGAGAGGUGCCCAUCUGUAGAGACUAUCUGAAAGGCGAAUGCCAACGGGGAAACAAGUGCAAGUUCCGCCACGUGAGGAAGGACUAUGAAUACGAGACAUCUCGGGUGGGCGUUGGUGGUAUGAUGGGGGUGUCAGGGGGGAUGAGUGGCAUGGUGAACGCAGGUGGGGGAGGGGUGGGCAGUGGCGCUGGUCCCUGUGGGGGGAUGUCCGGACUUGUCGGCGGGAGCGGCGGGAAUAUGAUGGGAAUGGGGUGCCCUAAUCUGGGCGGGUGCAGGGAUCAGGGGAUGUCGGGCGGCGGAAGCGGAGGAGGGGGAGGCGGAAUGGGGGGCUGCCUCUCUUUGGGAGCUGCGGGGCAGCGCAGAUUCGACAGGGGACCCUGCUCUGUUUAUGACCCCCUCUUUGAGAAUGGACUCUUUGAGGCUGGGCCACUUGAAACUCCAAUGGACCACACGGCUCUUCAGCUGAAGAGGAGGCGUUUGGAGGGGCUCCGCUUGGCUGACGGGGCUGGGGGAGGACAUUACGAGCUGGGGGUGCAGGCCACCCUGCCAGCCCGACCACUGGAGUACCGCUUUCUGGAGGAAGAGAAUGCUCUGCUGAGGAAGAGAGUAGAGGAGCUGAAGAAACAGGUUUCAAACCUCAUAGCGACAAACGAGGUUCUUCUGGAGCAGAACGCUCAGUUCCGGAGCCAGGCAAAGGUCAUGACCUUGUCCUCCACUCCUGCUCCUUCUGAACAGAGCCUAGCGCCACCUGUGGGCUCGGUGAGCUCCUACAACCACAGCAUUGCCCAGACCCACACAACGCUGAGCAGUGCUGGCCUUCAGCCCCGCCCUGUGACUCAGCAAGACUUAGUGGCCCCUGCAGGUGCCCCCACCGCACCUCCUACCAAUGCUGCCCCACCUACUGCACCCCCACCCCAUCUAAACCCAGAAAUCACCCCCCUCUCUGCAGCACUGGCCCAGACUAUUGCACAGGGCAUGGCUCCACCUGUUUCCAUGGCGCCUGUGGCAGUCUCUGUGGCACCGGUCGCCGUGUCAAUGGCCCAGCCGUUGCCGGGCAUCACUAUGAGUCACGCCACCACGCCGAUGGUAUCGUACCCUAUUGCCAGUCAAAGUAUGAGGAUCACCACUCUGCCUCACUAAGUCUCAAAACACGACAAGCUUGCAACCCAUUCACCUUUGGAUGCCGUUGACACGCCCCCUCACCAAUUCCAGAACCCCCCACAAUACUCCCAUCCAACAUUAGUGAUCCAUGCAUCAACCCAUCAGAACUGCUAGUCUGCUCGCAGUUGCCCUCUGAAGACUUCCUGUGGGUGAUGCUGUACUCACGCUAUAGUACCACUCCUGACACUGAAUGAAUAUCACACAGAGAGAUGGAAAGAGAGAUGCUGCAUCAUUAACGUUUAUCCAAUAUCAAACUGGACCGAGUUAGGAUGACAGAAUCCAGCUCCUUAAUUCACUCUAUAAGGAACAAUGGCAUUUAAUGACUGUUUUAUGACGUACAUGCCUGAUGCUGUGAAAUGACUGUGUGCCAAAGAGACGUUUCAAACGCUGGCACCAAAACGCAUAAUCACCUGAUGUAUACCAUAAGACAUGGAUGUUUGUCGGUGCUCUUCUCUAGACUUCUUCUACAAUGUCCGACCUUUUGUUACCGCUAGAUUUUGUGAAAUUACGUGCGAAGGCUUGAUUUUACUUUUGUUUUGUUUUUUCUUGUUGUUGUUGAUGUUUGCUCUAUGGGUUACUUUUGUGUGAAGUGAUCUUCAGUCUUUUGCACAAAAUGAAGGAAAAUAACAGCCAU